GGCGCCCUGCGCGUGCGCGAUACACUUUGUCGGUGUGCUGCCUGGGAGCUCGUCCCUGAGUGCACGUGGAGCGGGCCUUGGCUGGAGGCUCUACAUCUAGAGGACCCGGGUCUAGCCAAGCGGAGGCUUCAGUACCAUGGGGCGUAAGUUGGACCCUACGAAGAAAGAGAAGCGUGGGCCCGGCCGAAAGGCCCGAAAACAGAAGGGUGCAGAGACCGAACUGGUCAGAUUCUUGCCUGCAGCUGGUGAUGAGAAUUUCAAGAGGCUGUCCAGUCGUGCUCGGAAGAGGGCAGCCAAGAGGAGGUCCAGGUCUGUUGACGUCCCUAAGCCAAAUAAGUCUCCUGGGAUUAAAACAUUGCCUGGAGAGCUGUCAAAAGGAGCAGUCCAGGCUCGAGGUAAGAAGCGCCCAGCACCAACUCCUAACAGUGACGGGGAUGAGGAGGAAGACUCUGAGGAAGAUGGUGUGGCAAACCAGGGGGACCUCUGGGGCUCUGAGGACAGUGAUGCUGAUAUGGUGGAUGACUAUGGAGCUGACUCUGAGCUGGAGGAUGAGGAGGGAAAGCUGUUACCCAUUGAAAGAGCUGCUCUGAAGCGGAAGGCCCGGGAAGCUGCAGCUGGGGGCCAGUGGAGUGAAGACGAGACUGAUGAAGAGGAAGAUGAUGAUGCCCUGGCUGAGUCCAGUCACCAAAAGGAUGACAAAGUAGAGGAUUUGCAGAUCAAUGUGGAAGAUGAGGAAGCCUUCGUGCUGCCCCCUGCUGGAGAGAUGGAGCAGGAUGCCCAGGCUCCAGACCUGCAGCGCGUUCACAAGCGGAUCCAGGAUAUAGUGGGGGUACUUCGGAAUUUUGGGGCUCAGAGGGAAGAAGGACGGUCUCGUUCUGAGUAUCUGAAUCGGCUUCAGAAGGAUCUGGCCACUUACUAUUCCUAUGGAGACUUCCUGCUGGGCAAGCUCAUGGAGCUCUUCCCUCUGUCUGAGUUGAUUGAGUUCUUAGAAGCUAAUGAGGUGCCCCGGCCAAUCACCCUUCGGACCAACACCUUGAAAACCCGUCGCAGAGACCUUGCUCAGGCUCUCAUCAAUCGUGGAGUUAAUCUGGACCCCUUGGGAAAGUGGUCAAAGUCUGGACUUGUGGUGUAUGAUUCUUCUGUGCCUAUUGGCGCUACUCCUGAGUAUCUGGCUGGGCAUUAUAUGCUUCAGGGAGCCUCAAGCAUGUUACCUGUCAUGGCCCUGGCACCUCAGGAGCAUGAGCGGAUCUUAGACAUGUGCUGUGCUCCUGGCGGGAAGACUAGCUACAUAGCUCAGCUGAUGAAGAACACAGGAGUGAUCCUUGCCAAUGAUGCCAAUGCUGAGCGGCUCAAGAGUGUGGUGGGCAACCUGCAUCGGUUGGGAGUCACCAACACCAUUAUCAGCCACUACGAUGGGCGCCAGUUCCCCAAGGUGGUGGGGGGCUUUGACCGAGUGCUACUGGAUGCUCCUUGCAGUGGCACAGGGGUCAUCUCCAAGGACCCUGCUGUGAAGACUAACAAGGAUGAGAAGGAUGUCCUGCGCUGUGCCCACCUUCAGAAGGAACUGCUGCUCAGUGCUAUUGACUCGGUCAACGCUGCCUCCAAGACUGGGGGCUACCUGGUCUACUGUACCUGUUCCAUCAUGGUGGAAGAGAACGAAUGGGUGGUAGACUAUGCCCUGAAGAAGAGGAACGUGCGGCUGGUGCCCACGGGCCUAGACUUUGGCCAGGAAGGUUUUACCCGCUUUCGAGAAAGGCGCUUUCACCCCACUCUGCGGUCCACGAGACGCUUCUACCCUCACACUCACAACAUGGACGGUUUCUUUAUCGCCAAGUUCAAGAAGUUUUCCAACUCUAUCCCCCAGCCCCACACAGGAAAUGCAGCAGCAGCUACUCCGACAGAGCCUGAGUUGAAGGGUGAGGUCACCCCCAUGUCUGAGGACAGUAGUCAGCCGGCCAAGAGAGCUGGGGGAGCUGCAAAGGUACAGCAGCAGCCAGGGAGACCGCAGCACUCCAGAAAGCCCUUCCAGAAGAUGAAUGGCCUCUCCAGAGGGCCAGGCUCAGAACCCACUGUCCCUUCUGUCCCAAAGGCCCAAGUGUCUGCCAGGCCCCAGGAGAGCGCUCGGCCUGAUGGAAGAGCUGGAGUGACCAGGGAACCAAAGGUGGCUGGGAAGCUAAAGCGAAGGGGACCUAAGUCAAAGGACUCCAAGGAGGCCGCCCUCCCAAAGCAGAAAGUCCCUCCCAGCGGCGUGGACCCGGAAACACCUGCAGUGCCUUCAGGCUCUGAGAGUUGCCCUGCCCCACGGCUUAAGGACUGUGGUCAGUCCCUUGGGAAAACCAAAAAGAUUGAAAAAGGAAAGCCGCAGUUAGCAGAGCAGCCUGCCAAGAGAGCUGCCUCCCUAAAAGAGGAUGGUGCUGCCAAGGGGCCCUCAGUCCCCACGGGGUCUCCCCACAGUUCCACGAGGCCCCCACCAGCAAAGAGGAGGAAAUCUGUGACAAAGGGCAGUGGCCAGCCACUGUUCUCUUAAUGGACUUGGAAACUAGACUGCUGGCUCACUCACAUUGUCUCCGGGUUGGAACUCCUACAUCCUUCUGCAAUCAUGGCCUCCCCACUCUGCAUAAAUAUGAAAUUUAAUAUACCUCUUUCCAUCCUA